AUGGCGUCGUCCAGCCACCGCAGCCACCACAGCCACCACAAGGCCUAUGACAACCGUCGCCUCAUUGCCAAGAGCUCGAGCUCACUGUCGGUUGACAGCGAGGAAACAUGGGAUGAUGAGGAAGGUGUUUACCAUGGUCGAGAGAAAGACGAUGCUAUUGAACUCGAAGCCCUUAAUCGCCAACGUGAUGAUGAAAACAAUGAGGAUGAUGAUGAUGAUGAUGAUGAUGAGGACGGCGGUGGAACUCGGGAUUCCACCAGCAGCCUCAGAAGCCCAAAGAUAUUAUACACGGCCAACGAGGAAAAGGUCAUCGUGCGCAAGUUCGACCGUAACCUGGUGGUUUUUAUAGCCUUGAUGUAUAUGCUGGCGUUUCUGGAUCGGUCGAAUAUCGGCAACGCGCGCAUUGCCGGCAUGGAUGUCGACCUCCAAACGUCCCCGCCGCGAGACUAUUGGUACACGUGGGCAAUACAGGCCUUCUACGUGACUUAUAUCGGCUUUGAGUGGAUGUCGCUCCUCUGGCACGUUAUCCCGCCUCAUGUCUACGCAUCUCUCCUCGUGCUCUCCUGGGGUGUCGUCGCCUCGCUGCAAGCGGUAGCCCCUUCAUACCCUUUCUUGAUCUCCUUGAGAGCGUUGCUGGGCAUGGGUGAGGCUGGAUUCACUGGAAUCCCGCUCUAUCUUUGCAUGUUCUUCAAGAGAGAUGAACUUGCUUUCAGAACGGCCAUCUUUGUGUCGGCUGCCCCCCUGGCAACCUCGUUCGCCUCCACUCUCGCCUGGCUCAUUCUCAAGCUCGGAGAAGCCGGCCCCAUCACUCCAUGGCGCCUCCUCUUUCUCGCCGAGGGCUUUCCGUCCGCCAUUGUGGCAGUCAUCGCCUGGCGCAUCGUUCCAGACUCGCCACACACGGCGUCAUAUCUCACUUCACGCGAGAAGAAGAUCGCCAGGCUCCGCCUCCCGAACCAGCAUCAAUCUCCUACAAGGACCACCAACACCGGACACGGCGUAAACCUCAGAGAAGCCCUCGCGGUAUGCAUCGACCCGAUCGCCAUCAUACCGGCCCUGAUGCUCUUCCUCACCAACAUGGCAUACUCGUCCCUCCCCGUGUUCCUGCCCACCAUACUCGAGGAGUCGAUGGGCCACGACAGACUAGGCGCCCAGGCCUUAUCGGCCCCUCCCUACCUCGUGUCCUUCUUCUUCGUCCUCGCCACGGCCAAGCUGUCGGACUCGGUGCGAUCCCGCAGCGCCUUCCUCGUCCCCUUUGCGCUGACCUCGGCCCUCGGCUACACGACCCUGGCCGUCUCGGAGCACCUCCUGCGGCUCGAGCCCGCCAGCGCCCUGCGCUACCUGGCCGUCUACCCGGCCGCCGUGGGCUUCUUCUGCGUCGUCGUGCUCACCGUCGUCUGGAACGUCAACAACCAGCCCAGUCGGUCCCGGCGCGGCGCCGUGUUCGCCAUGAUGCAGACCGUAGGCCAAUGCGGCCCUCUGCUCGGCGCCCGCCUGUACCCGAGGUCCCAGUCGCCCUUUUACACCCAGGGCAUGGCCGUCUGCGCUGCAGCCAUGCUGGGCGUCGCCGGCCUCGCCCUCGUGCUGCGUUGGGUGCUCGUGCGGAGGAACCGCGCAUUGGAUGCCCGUCGCGCAUCGAGCUACGGGGGCCGUGGCAGUCGUGGUGGUGACGUCCCAGGCGCAGAUGCAGGUUUCCGCUACAUGAUCUAG